AUGAAGCCAAGCCCAAAAUCAAGAAAGAGCCUAAGCCGGAAAACCCAAGAGAGAACCCAAAAUCAAAGAGAACCUGUAAUCAAGCAAGAGCCUAAGCCCAAGAAAGAGCCCAGGCCUAAGAAAGAGCCCAAACCCAAGGAGAACCCAGGAUCAAGCAAGGCUCCAAGCCCAAGAAAGAGCCCAGGCUCUAAGCAAGAGCCCAAACCCAAGGGAGAACUCCAAACAAGCAGCCCAGCCCAAGAAAGAGCCCAGGCCCAAGAAAGAGCCCAGCCUGAGCUUCGGCGAAAAAGACAAACUCCUGAGACCGACUCUAAGACCGACUCCCAGCCUGAGCUUCAGCCUAAGACCGACUCCCAGCCUGACCUUCAGCCAAAGACCGACUCCCAGCCUGACCUUCAGCCUAAGACCGACUCCCAGCCUGAGCUUCAGCCUAAGACCGACUCCCAGCCUGACCUUCAGCCUAAGACCGACUCCCAGCCUGAGCUUCAGCCUAAGACCGACUCCCAGCCUGAGCUUCAGCCUAAGACCGACUCCCAGCCUGACCUUCAGCCUAAGACCGACCCCCAGCCUGAGCUUCAGCCUAAGACCGACUCCCAGCCUGAGCUUCAGCCUAAGACCGACUCCCAGCCUGAGCUUCAGCCAAAGGCCGACUCCCAGCCUAACCUUCAGCCUAAGACCGACUCCCAGCCUGACCUUCAGCCUAAGACCGACUCCCAGCCUGAGCUUCAGCAUAAGACCAAGACCCAGCCUGAGUUUCAGCCAAAGAUUGAGCCCAAACCCGAGUCCCAGCUUGAGCUCCACCCUAAGACCGAACCCAAUUCCGAGUCCCAGCAAGAGCCUAAACCCAAGAAAGAACCCAAAAUCAAGCAAGAGUCUAAGCCCAAGAAAGAGCCCAGGCCUAAGAAAGAGCCCAGGCCUAAGAAAGAGCCCAAGCCGAAGAGAGAACCUAAAAUCAAGAAAGAGCCCAGGCCCAAGAAAGAGCCCAGGCCCAAGAAAGAGCCCAGGCCCAAGAAAGAGCCCAGGCCCAAGAAAGAACCCAAAAUCAAGCAAGAGCCUAAGCCCAAGAAAGAACACAGUCCUAAACAAGAGUGCAAGUCUGAGUCCCAGUCUGAGCUUCAGCCAAACACCGAGUUACAGCCUGAGCGUCAGCCUAAGACUGAGACACAGCCUGAGCUUCAACCAAAGACCGACUCCCGGCGUGGGCUUCAGCCAAAGACCGUCUCCCAACCUGACCUUGACCCUAAGACCGAGUUACAGCCUGAGCUUCAGCCAAAGACCGACUCCCAACCUGACCUUGAGCCUAAGACCGAGUUACAGCCUGAGCUUCAACCAAAGACCGAGUCCCAGCCUGAGCUUCAACCUAAGACCGAGACCAAACUCAGGUUCCAACCUGAGCUUCAGCCAAAGACCGACUCCCAGCCUGAGCUUCAGCCAAAGACCGACUCCCAGCCUGACCUUCAGCCUAAGACCGACUCCCAGCCUGAGCUUCAACCAAAGACCGAGUCCCAGCCUGAGCUUCAACCAAAGACCGAGACCAAACCCACGUCCCAACCUGAGCUUCAGCCAAAGACUGAGUUACAGCCUGAGCUUCAGCCUAAGACCGACUCCCAGCCUGAGCUUCAGCCAAAGACCGACUCCCAGCCUGACCUUCAGCUUAAGACUGAGUUACAGCCUGAGCUUCAACCAAAGACCGAGUCCCAGCCUGAGCUUCAGCCAAAGACCGAGUUACAGCUUGAGCUUCAGCCAAAGUCCGAGUCCCAGCUUGAGCUUCAGCCAAAGUCCGAGUCCCAGCCUGAGCUUCAACCAAAGACCGAGUUACAGCCUGAGCUUCAACCAAAGACCGAGUUACAGCCUGAGCUAAGUAAAAUAGCUUCAGUUCCUUUAUAA